AUGCUGACACGGGUGCUAUUGCUGGUGAGAAUGUGGACACGGCAUUUACUGGUGCUGAGAAUGUUUUUUUCGGGUGCUACUGGUGCUGAAAAUGUGGACACGGUUACUACUGCUGCUGAGAAUACUGACACUGCUGCUAUUGGUGCUGAGAAUGUUGUCACGGCUGCUACUGGGGCUGAGAUUGGUAACACGGCUGUUACUGUGGCUGAGAAUGUUAACACGGCUGUUACUGGUGCUGACGAUGUUGACAUGGGUGAUACUGCAGCGGCAAAUAUUGACACGGCUGCUACUUCUGCUGAAAAUGUUGACACGGCUGCUACUGUUGCUGAGAAUGCUGACACGGCUGCUACUAGUGCUGAGAAUGUUGACACAUGUGCUACUGCUGCUGAGAAUGUGGACACGGCUGCAACUGCUGCUGAGAAUAUUGACAUUGGUGCUACUGGUGCUGACGAUGUUGACACAGGUGCUACUGCUGCUGAGAAUAAUGUUAACACGGGUGCUACUGCUGCUGAGAAUGUUGACACGGAUGCUACUGGGGUUGAGAUUGUUAACAUGGCUGUUACUGGGGCUGAGAAUGUUAACACGGCUGUUACUGGUGCUGACGAUGUUGACACGGGUGAUACUGCAGCUACAAAUAUUGACACGGCUGCUACUUCUGCUGAAAAUGUUGAAACGGCUGCUACUGUUGCUGAGAAUAAUGUUGACACGGGUGCUACUGAGUCUGAGAAGGUUGACACAGGUGGAACUGCUGCUGGGAAUGUUAAGACGGGUGCUACUGCUGCUGACGAUGUUGACACGGGUGCUACUGUUUCUGAGAAGGUUGACACAGGUGCUACUGCAUCUGCGAAUGUUGACACGGGUACUACUGCUGCUGAGAAUGGUACUACAAGGGCUAGUGAGGCUGAGAAUGUUGACAUGGGUGAUACUGCUGCUGAGAAUGUUGACCCGGGUGCUACUUAUGCUGAGAAUGUUGACACGGGUGCUAUUGCUGGCGAGAAUGUGGACACGGCUGUUACUAGUUCUGGGAAUGUUGACACAGGUGCUACUGGUGCUGAGAAUCUGCUACUGGGGCUGAGAAUGUUAACACGGCAAUUACUGGGCCUGAGAAUGUUAACACGGCUGUUACUGGUGCUGACGAUGUUGACACGGUUGCUACUGAUGCUGAGAAUAUUGACACGGAAUGCUACUGUUGCUGAGAAUGUGGACACGGUUACUACUGCUGCUGAGAAUAUUGACACUGCUGCGAUUGGUGCUGAGAAUGUUGACACAGCUGCUACUGGGGCUGAGAAUGUUAACACGGUUAUUACUGGGCCUGAGAAUGUUUACAUGGCCGUUACUGGUGCUGACGAUGUUGACACGGCUGGUACUGUUGCUGAGAAUGCUGACACGGCUGCUACUAGUGCUGAGAAUGUUGACACAGGUGCUACUGGUACUGAGAAUGUGGACACGGCUGCUACUGCUGCUGAGAAUGUAGACAUGGGUGCUACUGGUGCUGACGAUGUUGACACGGGUGCUACUACUGCUGCGAAUAUUGAAUCGGGUGCUACUGUUGCUGAGAAUGUUAACCCGGGAGCUACUGCUGCUGAGAAUGUUGACACAGGUGCUGAUACUGCUGCUGAGAAUGUUGACACGGGUGCUACUGCUGCUGAGAAAGUUGCUACAGGUGCUACUGAGCCUGAGAAUGUUGACACGGGUGCUACAGAUGCUGAGAAUAAUGUCGAAACGGGUGCUAUUGCUGCUGAAAAUGUGGACACGGCUGCUACUGAGAAUGUUGACACAAGAGCUACUGCUGCUGCGAAUGUUGACACUGGUGCUACUACUGCUUAG